UCAGUAAGCGGCUGAAGUCCUCGGCUGUGGCGGAAUGGGCUGCCUGAACUUCCACCGGGAUGUGCUCUGACAGACUAUGCGGCUGUGUGUGAAUGUGUUUUAACAGUGUGUGUGUGUGUGUACAUGUGCAUAUACAUGUACCGGCUAAACAAUGGCUCUGAACCGAGUGUCUCUACUCUGCCACGAUAUCACCAGGCUGUGGCUGCAGCUGAAGAUGAUAACAGAUGGCAUCCUGCAGAGGGAAGACGGUCCUCUGUAUGCGGCAGAAAUCGGCUCUGAGCUCCAGAAACAGUUUGCCAUCCUGCCAGGGGGCCGCGGGAUGGACGGCAGCCCCAUCAUCGUCUUCCCAGAGUUCCCGGAGUUCAGCGAGCUGGAGGAGGAGGAGGUCCAGAAUGUCUUCAGCUACCUCAGCAACAUCCCGAGCGUUGCCGCAUCAGGAGUGGGCUUCAUCCUGGUCAUCGACAGACGACUGGACCGAUGGGCCGCCGUCAGGGCUACCCUGCUCCGCAUCGCUGGUUCAUUUCCAGGGAACUUACACUUGGUUCUGGUGUUGCGUCCCACUACUUUGCUCCAGCGGGCUCUGUCAGACUUCCUGUUCAAGUACAACAAGGAUGAGUUCAAAAUGAAGGUGGUGAUGCUGAGUUCGGUGACUGAGCUCCACGCCUAUAUCGACCCGGGACAGCUGACCACGGAGCUGGGAGGCACGCAGGAAUACUGCCACGACAGCUGGAUCUCACACCGCACUGCGAUCGAGGCAUUCGCCCUCAUGGUGAAGACCACGGCUCAGACGCUGCAGGCGUUCGGCACUGAGCUCGCAGAGACGGAGUUACCCAACGACGCCGACGCCACCACCGACCUGCUGCACACACACACUCUGAAGAAGGAUAAAAUGAAGGAGGACCUGCAGGUGGCGCUGUCUCAGGGGGGACGCCUGUUGGAGUGUAUAAACGAGCCUCUGCAGACGGACCCUGAAUACAGCAUGACCUACGAUGAACAGGAAAACUUAGCUACUGUACAAAGACUCCUGGGUCAGCUGGACGAAACAGAAACGGCGUUUGACGACUUCUGGGAGCGUCACCGCACCAAGCUGGAGCAGUGCUUACAGCUCCGUCAUUUUGAACAACACUUCCGUGAAGUGCGCGCCCAGCUCGACGUCACAUCGGAGCGGCUGUCGGGUUUCUCGGAGGUCAGCAUAAGCCCCGCCCACGCCGAGCACGUCCUCCGAGAGCUCAGCGGACACGAGGACAAGGCCUGUGACGCACUCGACCGUGCCCUGUCCCUGGCCGGCGAAGGCGACAGGCUGAUAGAAAACUCCCACUAUGCCGAGGACUCCAUCAGGCCCAAGUGCUGCGAGCUCAGAGGAGUGUGCGAGGAGAUCAGCUCCACCCUGUGGAGCAAGAAGAGCCUCCUGCUCCGGGCGAUGGAGCUCCACCACGCUCUGGAGAAGGCGUCACGGUGGUGCGAGGAGGGCAUCUUCCUGCUGGCCAACCAGCCGGUGGACCGCUGUCAGUCUCAGGACGGAGCUGAAGCAGCUCUGCAAGAACUGGAGCGCUACCUGGACACGGCAGCGCUGCACAACCUCACCGACCGCAGCGCCAUAUACAGCCAGUACGAGGCGGUGCUCACUACUCAGCUCAGGGACCAGGUAGAGAGAGUUUUCCAGAAGCAGAGCUCCGUCGAGGAGAUGUUUGAGAAGAGACGCGUCAGCCUGAAGAAACUCGCCGCCAAACAGACCAGACCAGUCCAGCCAGUAGCACCGAGACCUGAAGUGAAGUCUCCGCUCUCCUCUCCCAAUCAACAGAGAAAAGACAGAAGAUACUCCGCAGAUAAUGCCAUCUGCAAAAAGGUGGAGUCUCCCCUUCAUAACGGUGGCACCAGACAUGCUUCUCUCUCAGAAGAAGAAGAAAACCUGGCUGUACUUCGGCGCCACGUGAUGAAUGAACUGCUGGAGACGGAGAGAGCGUAUGUGGAGGAGCUGCUGUGCGUGCUGGAGGGCUACGCAGCGGAGAUGGACAACCCAGCCAUGGCUCACCUCAUCCCCAGCGCCCUGCUGAGCAAGAAGGUCGUCCUGUUUGGCAACAUGCCUGAAAUCUACCAGUUUCAUAAGAGGACGUUUCUAAAGGAACUGGAAGCGUACACUGACUGCCCAGAACUAGUGGGCCGCUGCUUUUUAGAGAGGAUGAAGGACCUGCAGAUCUACGAGGCGUACUGCCAGAACAAACCUCGCUCUGAGAGCUUGUGGAGACAGUGCUCCGACUGUGCCUUCUUCCAGGAGUGCCAGAAGAAGCUGGAACAUAAACUUGGUUUGGACUCCUACCUCCUUAAACCCGUCCAGAGAAUCACCAAGUACCAGCUGCUGCUCAAGGAGUUGUUGAAGUACAGUAAGGGCUGCGAUGGCUGCGACGACCUACAGGAGGCCCUCUCCUCCAUCCUGGGCAUCCUGAAGGCGGUGAACGACUCCAUGCACCUCAUCGCCAUCACAGGAUACGAGGGAAACCUGACGGAGCUGGGUCGCCUGAUGAUGCAGGGCUCCUUCAGCGUGUGGACGGAGCAUAAAAAAGGUCACGCCAAGGUCAAGGACCUGGCCCGGUUCAAGCCCAUGCAGAGGCACCUGUUCCUGCACCAGAAGGCGCUGCUCUUCUGCAAGAGGAGGGAGGAGAACGGCGAGGGCUACGAGAAAGCUCCGUCGUACAGCUUCAAGCACUCCCUCAGCAUGAGUGCGGUGGGCAUCACAGAGAGCGCUAAAGGAGACAACAAGAAGUUUGAGAUUUGGUGUAACUCCAGGGAUGAAGUUUUUAUAGUCCAGGCCGCAACGCCAGAGAUUAAAACAACGUGGGUGAGCGAGAUCCGCAAGGUGCUGACCCAGCAGCUCAAAGCCUGCAGAGUUCAUGUUUCAGAGGCCAGUCAGCAGAAGAGCUCCGACUCCGUUUUCCCGAGUCCAACCAGCAACAGCACCUCCAUCUCCCUCAGUCCGUUUCGUAGCAGCGGUCAGAAAAGCCAGAAGAAGCAAGAGGAGAAGAAGGCGGAGACGAGCACGACGUCUGACGCCAACUCUUCGCCCAAACACAAAGAUGAACCAGUGACCAGUCCGACCACUGACAGGUCCUCAGUGGCUAAAAAGCGUUUUACUUUGCAGGGCUUCAGCAAUCUGAAGAGUCCGAAAGGCUCGGCCCUGAGCCCCGAGCACACCUCCAAACGCCACUUGGUCAAGAGCGACCCCACGCCGUUUGGGUUCAAAGGCUGGAACAAGGCGUCUCUCUCGGUGGACGCCACAGAAGAGACCGACGGGUACUCCAGCGGCGAGGAUCCUUUGAACUCUGACCCCGAGGACGAAGUAGAAAAGAAGCUGGCUCCGGGAAAGUACACGGUGGUGGCGGACUGCGAGAAGGCGGGACCUCAGGAGCUGUCCGUCAAGAGCGGAGACAUGGUCCAGCUAAUCAGAGAAGGAGAGGAGGGACAGUGGUUUGUGAAGAACCUUCGCAGCAGUAAGGAGGGCUGGGUGGCCGCAGCAAACCUCCUCAGCCUCAUCACAGAGUCCAAGUCAUCCCAGUCGCUCAGCAGCUCAGAUGGCAGCGUCUCUGGCAACCUCAGCACUUCUUCCAGCUGCAGCGAGACAUACACCAGCUUCUCCGACAUCAAACCCUGACCUGCGAUCAUCGCUGUCCCUUCUCCGUCCAUCAACCAUGUGGAAUUACAAAAAUCCUGAAGCUGACCCUGACAGGAGGACGGGUAUUUUCAGCCACCUGUCAGUCUAACUGCAAAUGGAUAAAUGGCUUAUUUCCACUCAACAGUAUUACACUCUCAUGUUUUUCCCUUCAAAGUUAUCAACAUGUUGGUAAAAUCUUAAGUACUCUCACAGUUGAUUCAAGUGGCAGAAAAUUCAGAUCAUUGAAAUAUCCAGGAUAUAAAUAACUAAGUUCCUUUACAGCCAUGUGAUGUAUCCCCUCCGGUCAGGCCUUCUUUAAAAGCGAAAUGUCUUCAGUCUAAUAUUUAAUCCUUCUGAUUAUGUAGCAUUAAAUGCACUAAACGUGAGCAGCUCACACUGGACCCCAUCACGGCAUAGCGACAGAUUCUUGUGUGAAACAUGGACAGGUACAGAUGCUUACAGACGGACCAUGAUGCUUUAGUGUCACACAUUAAUCGUACACUGUGAAAACUGGCAGCUGGCUGCAACAGGAAAGAAAGCUUUUUUCGGUGGAGCACCUCUGAGGGCGUGUCGCUGUAAAUCUGAGUGUGUUAGAUCCCUGUAGUGUCUGGCGGGCCAGUAAUGCUGUAUUCCUCCACAUGUUGUUGAUAAGAGCUUCCCUUGUUUCAUGGUAAGAAAACACAGAGUCAAAUGUAUCACACGGUGAAUGUCACCAACAGCACCACCUGGUGGUCAGAUGUGCACUUCUUCUCUAGUUACACUUCGAGAGAUGCAGCUUGGAACAACUUCUAAAACCUCUUUCUUUUUCCAAGAGUGAUUGUCUAACUCGCCUCUGAGCUGCUCUGGAUUCACCUCUCAGGAAGCCCAAGAAGUUGCGCGGGGCAGGCAGGCAGGUGUGACCGCAUACCUGCGACUAAAUGUCUUUGUGUGUGCGCAUUCUUGCACGUGUGUGCUUCAGAACUAAUCCAACUGGUCACCCCCAGGAGAGGCCGCAGACAGCAGCUGGAUCAGAGUCACAUUAGGGUCAUUCUAAUGCUGGAUUCAUUUAUAAUGAAUUUAAUUGAUAACCCCUGGUUUAACAAAAACACACUCUUAAAUCUGAACUGCACAUGAAUCCAGUUUUUGCGUCACUGCGCUCACCUAUCUUUGGUUUGCACUGCAGCAACAAAAGCAGGCUUUGUCCCCUCCCUCCCUCCGCUCCCAGCCCCACUCAGGCAUGUGACAGCCGCCACUUCCCUACAUGCAGGGCUAAACCGGGGCCCAGACCUUUCUCAACAUGUUGCACCACCCUGCCGCCCGACAGCAAUAUCUGUUUACUUCUAAUGUAGCCGAAUGUGCAAAAAAAAAAAGUAAUGACAAAAGUCUGACUUUUGGGCCCUGUAGUGGAAACGAAGAUACAAGCACAUCUGUGACAACCAGCUGCUGUGACACACACACACAAAAGGAACCUGUGCUAUUCUGACACCUUGUUUUUCAAGGGUGAACAUGUUUUUUUUACACCCAAAUUUCUACUGUAUCCACUGUAAAACAAUCUCUUCCUUUUUUCCCCAUCUUCAAUGUUGAAUGUGUGACUCUGUUGUUGAAGCAGAAAAACAAGCUGUUACACUCAAACCAGCCCCACCCAUUAUGGGCUGUAUUUGUCCAUUAAAACCACUGUGGUUUGGUUAAACUCUGCCCCGACUAUGAUUAAUGCUCCUGAUUGUUUUCUCGAGCUCUUCUCACAGAGAUGCUACUCAAAUCCCCAACACGCAUGUGCUCCCUGUGAAAGGAAAGAUUCUUCUCCAGAGAAAAAAGGAAGCUUUCUGUGUCAAACUGUGGCUGGCAUUAUGUGUCCUUGUAAGUCCUGUAAGACUGAGCAUUGUAUGUUACACUUGUACAGAUGAGUCCUCUAUACCUCACAUUGUUUUCCUCCAGAGCAUGUGCAUUGUGAAGAGGAUCAUGGGUUUUUGUCUCGCUGUGUAUCAUCUCUCUUUGUGGCAUGUUCUUCAUAAACCUCUCACGUCAAAGUCCCCGAACGAGUAUUUUUUACCAGGCACUGUUGUAUUUCGUGAGAGUUUAUUUUCUGCCCUCCUGAGAGCUGACACGGGCACUAAAACUUGUCAGCGUUCUAUUAUGACCACACAAUAAAGCUUAUUGAAUAAUUUGUACCUUUUGACUUUGGGAGGCUGGAGAGAUGAGAAGGGUUCUAUUUUUUUGUUUCUUUUUAUGCAGCACAUUGCAGCAACCACUGUCUUUAUUUUCCUAUUGUAUCUACCGAGUAUGGUGUUGAUAUAAAGAUAUUAUAAUGAGACAUAUCUGUGUAUAUUUGUAAAUAUGUAAUUCUGAAUUGUAUGUAAAAUGAAAAGCAGCUUUAAUAAAGUCUGAGAUGGUUUCCUCUA